UGAAGCUUUAUAUUCCGGAAGUUGUUUCGAAGGCGUAAGGUUUGGGAGAAGCAUUAAUUGACCUGGAAGUUAUUUGUAUACAGAGUUUUCUUAGAGAAGCCAAUUGUUAUGAGCUGAUUGCCAAACACAAUUCAGAAGUUGUUGACGAGCAGGAUAAGAUGCACACGCCUACGAUGUAUUAUAUGGAGGGUUUCGUAUGGCGGUCAAGGAACAGAAACCCAUUGAAGGGUACUAUUUAUUGUUAUCGUACGUUGAAGGAUCAGAAACCGAGCUUUCAGAAGCCGUGAUUGAAAAGGGAUGCAGACAAAUAGAAAUGAUGGGGGGUAUAGACGACGUUGGUAUGAAACUUUGCAAGGUUAUUAAUGAUAAUUUUAUAUAUUUAAAUUUUUCAUAUACUAAGAAUCAAGAGCAGAGAUAUGAAGUUUCUAAAGAAGUGAAAGGAUUCAAGAGCCAUUGGGAAUCAGAGAUGCGUUUGGUCGAAGACUAAGGUAUUACCUUUACAAAGUAAUACUUUUAUUUUAUACAAA